AUGAAACGUUCUAGACGCCCGGAUAAUAAAGAGAUAGAAAGCGACUCUGGCGAGGAUGACACAAGUGUGACUACUCCUAGCGACUCACAACAGGAUGAUACGGCGUAUGAGACGGAUCUCACAGAGCUGGAGGACCCGCCCAACGCACGACGAAAACGUCUCCGAUCGGACGAGAAUCUUUCCCUGGAGCCAGAUGUCUCUUGUGAUGUUGGAAGAUUAUACGACGACCCGCUGGAUGAAGGUGGAGUGGAUCUUUCGGAGAUUCCCGAGGAUUUCGAUAAAGCGCUAGGUACCAUCGAACGACGAGAGCGGAUUGAAAGCCGGUGGAAAAGGUACUGUGCCAGCCAAGUGCGAAGCAGGCCGAACGAGCAAAGAUGGCAUGAGGUCGAGGAGGCGCUAUGCCAGGCGUCGAAUAACGAUAUGUAUCGGUUCCUACGCUGGUGUCUCCAACUCGAGCGAGGCGAAGACGGUCGACAUAUAAAAGGCAUCCAAAAAGCUAGCACUCUCGAGACCGAUUGGAAAAACCUUCGCCUUUACUAUCAGAAGCUAACCAAGAUUACAAUCAAUGAUGAAGAUGGCUCAGAGAUACGAAGGGGUAUGAAGUGGCUGGUCAAAGAGUUUGAUUUGGACACGCAGCCCGGAAAGAAGACACCGGUCUAUAUUGAGGAUAUUGGCCCGUUUAAUGAAACGAUUUUAUCGACACAGGAGAAAAAGUUCCAUCUGGGAUUCCAACGUAUCCAAGUGUGUUUGUUUAACUCUCUCGGUAUCUUUACGGUGCACCGAAGAAGCGCCAUAUUGAGCCUGCAGUUCAAAGACUUGCAGAUCUCUCUUCAAAAGGAUCCUCGUGGGGGCCCACCCGUGCCUAUGAUCGAACUUACUCCCGAGGGGACCAAAAAAUUCCUCGGUCUGACUAAACUAACUACAUUUGCACUCCCCGAGAUCAUUUAUGGGCCCUCUCUGGUGAUAUGCCCGCACACGUUGCUUUUUGGCAUCCUGUUUCACGCACGGGCGUUCCGGAAUCAGGGGCUGACCUCGAAAGCUCAACUGCGGAAGCUCUUUAUCAGCAAAGGCUGCGAACAGCUUCUGGUGCCUUUAGACCCGAAAAAGUCCGAUUGGUAUAUCUUUUGCAAAACGGAGUUGGUCAAGGGCGUCCCGACCAUUCAGCGGACUAAGCAGAUGCCCAAGUCGACAAUUUCCACCUUGCUGGUUACGUUUGGCGAGAUUCGUGGGUGGAAAGGGGCGUUUCACGCCCAUCAAUUCCGAUAUGGAAGUGGCAAAGUGCUCAACGAGAGUGGGUGGGUGAGUAAGGAGCAACAUCAGUUGAUUAUGAAGCAUGCCAGCCCCCGCACCUUUCUCAACCAUUAUCAUCCUCUGCAAAUCGACACCGAUAUGAUCCGGGUUAUCUGUGGCCUCGACCCAGACGUGGAACUGAUGCGAGCCGUCACGCGGCAAAGCCGUUGGCGAGACACAAGACGUCCACGCUACUUGACUGAUCAACAAAGGGCAGAGGUCGAAGACCAUCCCGAGCUAGAAGUAGCCCGGUGCAAUCUAAGUAAGAUCCGCGCGCAAUAUGAGGAGACUCAGGAACCUGGCCUGCUUCCUCGACUUCAGCAUCGGGAGAAGGAGGUGAGAAACACGCGAAAAAGGUUGCAUCGGAGCUUACGACAUCAGAUUCGAGAGAAAUUUGAUGAGGAGCAAGCCUUUUUGGACAUCGAGGCGCAGCUUUCGGGUGCUGCGGUCAAGGAAGAGAGCGAGGCCAAGUUGUUCUUGGAGGACACUAUGCACCCCCUUCAGUUGCAUCUUGUACAAAGUCUUCUUUCCUACCCAGUUUCCAACUCGUUGGAGGAUGAGUGGCAUCGGCGCGAUUCAGGUACUGCAGCCGUCAUGCAGUAUUGUGAUGUCCUGGAAGGAGGUCCGUUGAGGGGCCGGCCCAAGCAGAAAGCUCUUAAUUCUGCUCCGCUGCCUGAGCCGAUAACUCAGCCGAAGGAUCAGCAGACCAGAAGUGAUAUCGAUCCACGCAAGGUACAUGUCUCUGACCGUGACAAACCGUUACGUGCUACAAGGGAAUAUCUUGAAACCGCUAAGCAGCCAGAGGCAUGCUUCCAAUGCUUUGCGAGUGAAGGGCUCCCAGACAAGGUUCGUUUUCAGAUGUUCCAUGACCCUGGAUGCGUUACGCGCCACUUCGAUGCCAUUCACCUUAAAGAAGAACCACUCAAAUGCAACUGGUGUGAAGUAGCAUUAUUGCAUCAAAUGGCGUUUCAGCGCCAUGCUUUUGACGUGCAUCGUGUGCGAAGUCGCCGGCGUUGUCCGGAUCCGACGCAAGAGGUUCAAAGAAAAGAUGAAGCGGGUUUCGAUCCACUGAAACGCAACUGA